UUGCCUCUGUGAGCAGCGGGCCCUCGCUCUCUGCCGCCUGACGUGGAGGAGUCGGUGGGUGCCGCGUUGAGAACUGCCCUGGAGUUAAAGCCUUGACAGGUCGCAGAGAUGCCUCGUGCCAAAGCCGACAAGCCACGUGGACGCAUGUCCUCAUACGCGUACUUCGUGCAGACCUGCAGGGAGGAACAUAGGAAGAAGCACCCGGACGAAGCCAUCGCCUUCGCGGCUUUCUCCAAGAAAUGCUCAGACAGGUGGAAGGUCAUGAGUGAGAAGGAAAAGAAGAGAUUCGUCGACAUGGCGGACAAGGACAAGCACCGGUUCGAUGACGAGAUGAGGACGUACGUUCCCCCGCUGGGCGGCGCCAAGACAGGCAAGAGUGGCAGACGGAAGAAGGACCCGAACGCACCCAAACGGGCGUUGUCCGCCUUCUUCUGUUUCUGCAACGACGAGAGGCCGGCGAUCCGUGCGGCUCACCCAGACUACACUGUCGGCGACGUGGCCAAGGAACUCGGCCGGAUGUGGGGAGAGUGCGACGAGGCUGGCAAGAAGAAGUACGUCGCCCUGGCGGAGAAGGAUAAGGAGCGCUACGCACGGGAGAUGGCAAUCUACAAGAACGGGGGCAGGGCCGCUCCGGCUGCCGAGGACUUUGACGACGAAGAGGAAGACGAGGAUGACGACGAGUAAAGCGCGCGCUCGUGUGCAUGGUUGUACAAAUGUGAGGACGUAUGUCGCGUCUGAAGACAUGAUGCUUGUGGACGCGUCUUGCGCGAUCUUGUAAAUAUACCGUGGUGACUGGCCGUCGUGGGUUGCCGGGCCUGGCUCGGGAUGACCCGUUCCUGACCUCUCGCGCCGUAGGGGUAUUUAUUUUACUGUGAGUGACGUUCAUCGCUUUGUUUGUUUUCGAGCCAUGGCCCGGUCGUGGGUAGGUUUGUCCUGGUAGUUUCCUCAUCAUUGUGCAUCGCUGUCAUCACUGGCAUGUACUUGUAGGGCAUCAUGAAUCAUAGUUUUGCCAAGCUCAUUUGAAUACAAAAAGUUUCUUGAG